CACAAGUCACUUUUCAUGUCUUACAUCCAGGUAUCUAGUGGCUGGGCGGCUGGACCCCGAGAGCAGCUACUAAGUCCCCGAGAGCAACUACUAAGAACGGCGGUGCUAGUGGAAGCUUGAUAUAAAUAUACUCGACCGCGCUCUUGUUGAGCCGAACUUCCUGCUGCCCCCCCCCCCUUCGGCUCAAUCUUUAUUCCCGCGUCAGCUUCUUCUUUUUUUCUUUUCGUACCUUUUGUCAACAUUUUUUUCUUGUUGCUUCAACUUUGAUUCACAAUGGCGGACAAGCUCAGCACCAACUUUGAGACACUCCAGCUUCACGCGGGACACUCCCCCGACUCGGCUACCAAUGCUCGAGCUGUUCCCAUCUAUGCUACCACUAGUUUCGCCUUCAACGACUCCGCCCACGGCGCGAGACUCUUUGGCCUCAAGGAGGAAGGCAACAUCUACAGCCGUAUUGGAAACCCCACCGUCGAUGUCUUUGAGAAGCGGAUAGCUGCUCUCGAAGGCGGUGUUGCUGCUCUGGCCACCUCCUCCGGCCAGGGUGCUCAGUUCAUUGCCCUCACUGCCCUCGCCCAGGCCGGCGACAACAUCGUCUCUACUUCCAACCUCUACGGCGGCACCUACAACCAGCUCAAGGUCACCUUCAAGCGCUUCGGCAUCACCACGAAGUUUGUCACUGGCGACAAGCCCGAGGACAUUGCUGCUGCCAUCGACGACAACACCAAGGCCGUCUACCUCGAGAGCAUCGGCAACCCCCGAUACAACGUUCCCGACCUUGAGGCCAUUGCCAAGGUUGCCCACGAUAAGGGCGUUCCCCUCGUUGUUGACAACACUUUUGGUGCCGGUGGAUACUUUGUCCGCCCCAUCGAGCACGGCGCCGACAUCGUCGUUCACUCUGCCACCAAGUGGAUCGGCGGCCACGGAACCACCAUUGGAGGUGUCAUCAUCGACGCCGGCAAGUUUGACUGGGGCAAGAACGGCAAGCGAUUCCCUCAGUUCAUCGAGCCCUCCGAGGGCUACCACGGCCUCAAGUUCUGGGAGACCUUUGGCCCCGUCUCCUUCAUUGUCCGCGCUAGAGUCGAGCUCAUGCGAGACAUUGGUGCCUCUCUCAACCCCUUCGCCGCCCAGCAGCUCAUCCUCGGUAUCGAGACUCUCAGUCUCCGUGCCGAGCGACACGCCCAGAACGCUCUGGCCUUGGCCCGACACUUGGAGAAGAGCCCUUACGUCUCUUGGGUUUCUUACCCUGGCUUGGAGAGCCACGCGUACCACGAGACUGCUAAGAAGUAUCUCAAGAGGGGCUUCGGAGGCGUCUUGAGCUUCGGUGUCAAGGGCGGCGGCUCUGCUGGCAGCAAGGUUGUCGAUGGCUUCAAGCUGAUCACCAACCUUGCCAACGUCGGUGAUUCCAAGACCCUGGCCAUCCACCCCUGGACGACCACCCAUGAGCAGCUGAGUGAGGAGGAGAGAGUUAGCUCUGGUGUCACUGAGGAUCUUAUCCGAAUCUCCGUCGGUACUGAGCACAUCGACGACAUCAUUGCCGACUUUGAACAGUCAUUCAAGGCCGCUGGUCUCAGCAACUAAGACUUAGUCCCCUUCUUGGUUUAAUGUAAAUAACAAGCAAUGAUGAACGAAAUGAAUCCACAAGUGUCGCGCGAAUCAUGAUGGCAAAAAACAACGUAUUAACGUACGACUACCGAGUUUCCCAUCCGAAACUGGCGCUGCGGAGAAAAAA